ACUUGAGCGAUCGAUCACAACGCCACCAUGAAUCAUAGUGGCGAAAUCAGUAAACUGGUUGAGUAAUGUUUACAAGUAUUGUGAACUAGUGUUAGUAUAACGUUAGUGUGGUACGAUUUAAGCGCGCAAAUUGUUAAAGUGAUUCGUACGUUUUGUGACGUACGUAUAAAAUAGAUGGAACAUAAGGACAAAUAUUCGCGAUGUGACUGUCUACAAAAAUAAGGAAAGAUGAUGAAGGAAGUAAUUACAAUUGCAAAUAAUCUGUCAGAGCUGAUACGAAAUAUGCAGAAAUGUUUGCAAUGUACAAUUUGUUUGCAUACCAUAUCAAACCCCAUGAGAACCCGAUGCGGGCAUCGAUUUUGUCGAGAAUGCAUCCAAAAGGUGUUGCAAAAUAAGAAUCCAACGUGCCCAUUGUGCAACUCCGAUAUAAAUCGACGCGAUACACGUAAAGACGAGCACAUAGAGAUCUACAUCGAUAGAUUAGAGAAAUUGAUCGAAGCGGUACGAAAGGACUCCGGCAUCGACGUGCGAUUGAACGUGUCGAGACGGCACAGCACGCGUGAGAGCUGUUCAUCCGAUAGCAAGGAUUCCGCGAAGCAGGACUCGGAAGACUACAAUCAGCCGAGUUGCUCGUACGCGCAGCCGAAGCCGUUCAAGAAGUCGGCAAGUUCGCAAGCGAAACGCGCCGUGCCGAAAUCGAAAAGGUCUGGGAACAGCAGGAGCAAAAAGGACGAUGCCCCGGGAGGCAGCAACAUAACGAAAUACUUUCCGAAGCAUGGUCUAUCCGGUGUCGAGCCGUUGCCCUCCGACGAAACGAAUUAUUCGGACGACAGCUCAAUGAAGGUGCACAGUUGGCUCGAAACUUUGCCGCGGAACAUGGAGCUCUGUGAUCCGAGACGGAGCAGGACCCCGGACUGUAACCUGAACGACACGUUAUCCUGCUCGUCGACAUCCCAGGCCGGCGAGAAGGUAGUUGAUACGGUUAGCCUUGAAUCCGAGUGUCCCGGAGCCUUCAGGGAGGACGGUCGCAAGCAGACCGUGACGCUGGGCCGAUCGUCGAAAGAUCAAAAGGACAAGGACAAUCGGGAGAGGAUGAUCAAAGCGGCAAAGUCCCGAACGGCUUCGUCAACGUCGGCUCCAAGAGCAAACGACGCGGCUGGUGGAAUGCAAACGAGUUGGGUCGAUCGAAGACAAAGCGCUUCCAGCAACGAGAAAUCGGAUAACGACAGGGAUGCUGUUCGGGAACAGGCCGAGGACAGGAGGAGCGAUGUCCAGAGAACGUCUCCGUGCGAUCUGCUGCCGUCGAUGAAGAAAAACUGGACCUCGGUGGUCCAGUUCGGGAAAGAAAUGCGCUCGAGGAAGCGGAAGAAGAUCAGGUCCUUGAACGUGAGCAUCGAGAACAUGAACAAAAAGUCGGCGAAUGAAUCCGCGAAGGAGCCAGCCCCGAGGCAGAAAAAACUUCCGGGAGGAGCGGUAAGAAGGAGCGUGGAGAGGCCGGGUGUCGCGGAUAACGAUGCGAAUGAGAAAUUGCCGGUGCAUAAGGAUGCCGAGGAAGAGCAGCCCGGGGACAAGAACAACGGAUCGAUGGCGGACAUGACCCGGCCUGCUGGAAGGCCGUCCCUCGUCGUGCUCGAGGACGAGGACGACGCGCAGGUGUACAAAGGAAAUCCGAACAACCAUCAGACGAACGGGAUCGUCGAGAUCGUGGACGAACAGCAGCGGGAUCUGGAACUUGAGGAUCGAUCUGACGACGAAGACUCGGAGAAAGUGUUCAUGCGGCAGCUGGGCCUCUGGCAAACGCCCCCGCGAAAACGAAUCGAGACGUCCUCGAUCGGCGUGACUCCGGUUAGAGACCCGAAUGCGCCUAGCCCGGACCUGCUGGAAAACUACCGUCCUUCGCCGGAGGAGGUGAAAAUUUUCGCGCCGAUCGUGCCGCAACCGUCCGCCAACUUUCAAUCCUCGACGCCGUUGCUUAGCAGGUUGUCUCUAAAGAGGCGCGACACCGACUCGAAAUUGGAUGAGCCUGCUACGGCCGCCGGCUUAAACUCGCGACUGCUCGCUGUGAAACGUGACUUGAAUCGCGAGAUCGGCCGAACGGAAAGUAUCGUCGCUGAGCCGGCGAAAUCCGCGAACACGCCGGACGAACCCGAAGGAAGUGGCAGGAGGGGGAACGUCGAAGACACUGGGAGUCACAAGAGCAAGCGACAGGGGAAGUCUUUGGCGAUGUUCAAAAAACUGGGCAAACUUGUCAGGUACCAUAGAAAGCCUGUUAAAUUCUUGUACCUCGGGAGCACCAGGCCACGGUCGUCGACGCUUCAGGAUCGUGUCCAGAGGUGGCAGAGACCGUGUACCCCGAUGGAACACGAGAAUACGCCGAAACUUGCGUUCGAGAGUAGUUUCGGUAAUAAUACCAGGAUCACGGUGAACACUGCGGUGUCGUCGCAAGAUGGCAUUCAAGUUGGUUCAGAAGCCGGAAGAGAAGAAGCCGCGGCCAACCCGAAGAGAAAAAGACUUUCCAAGUCUGACUCGGACUCGGUGAAGUCUGUCGCCAUACCUUUGAAGUCGAACAUCGUCAUCGAGAGCAUGGGCCCGUUCUCCAAGGACAUUAUUUCAGCCACCGGAACCAGUCAGCCUCGCGACUCGAACGAUAUCCUCUUCGUUUCUAUCUACGAAAACGAAGGGAACGACGUUGAACCGUUUCGCCAGGGCGCCCCUACCAAGGCGACAGCUCUCAAUAGCAGCGUCAAGAUGCUGUCGUCAAAAGACGACUCGCAGCUGAAGUUCCUUGCUCUGGACUCCCCUACCAGGGAUACUCAGCCAGCCGCGAAGCCGGAGCAACAGGGUGACGAAGAUAUCGGUGCUAAGAGGAGCAACUUGUCCGACACAAGAGGCGUUCAUUCGAGGGCCCUCGCAAGGACGUCGAUGCAGGGUUCUGAAGGACCGAAGAUCGGGGACACGCCGCGUAAAACGAGGAAGAAACUCACUAGCCGAAAUAACUUGGUUCAGAAGAUGAAGACAGAAGACGACGAUCGGGAGGUGGGUGCUACGUACACCAAGGACCCGGCGGCGUAUGGAAAGGACGAUGCCAUGAAGUAUUGUCCCGCUGAUAAGAGUGCCCAGUUCAUAGAAAUUGUGUCGCUGAGCUCUGACUCCGACGCAGAGAACAGAGCGUACGCACCGAAGGAGCAGAAGAAGGUCUACAGAAGGAUCGUGACACAAGACACCGAGAGUUCCUCGAGCUCCAAGAGAAGCAAUUCGUUUAACAACCAGCAACCAGGCAUCUCGGCGACGAUCAAACGGAAACGACCGAUCAGCCCGGACUCGGAUUCCUACAAAGAUCUGGAUAUGAUUGUAGACAGUUGGUCCAAGGAUUUGCAGCCGAUGAACAAAUUCUCGAAGAUAGGGAGAAGCCAUGGCCCUGCCGCCUCGGUAAACAUCGGCGAGCGGAGGGUCAGCGGGAUGUCCUCGGAUUCGAAUUCGUCUUGGAUAGUCGUGAGAACGGCUACUUCUCAGCGGAGACGUUUAGCCUCGUCAGAGGUCGACUCGAACGUUAAGGAGAAGAACACCAAGGGACGAGGUCAUUCGGGCAGAGAAUUUUUCGACGACGACUCGCCGGAUUUUGGAGCGAUCAUAGACAACAAUAGAAACAUUCAGAGAGCGGCGGCUGCGGACGACAGAGAGCCGACGAGACAAAGGAGCGAGGAGGUUGCCUGCUUGAUGCAGGAUAAUUUUGACGAAAUCAUCGCCAAUGUCGACACGGAGCAGCUGAUAGACGACUAUUGCAGGCCGUCGAAACGGAAAUGCGAUGCUGGCGCGGAUGCUGCGCGGAACGUGUACGAGGAUGGACGCAUCAAGGACACUUCAGUCUCCCGGCUGCACAAGGGCUCCGAUAAGGAGAACGAGUACAAGGAGUCCGGAAGAUUGUACGACAGCGAGAUCGACUGUGACAAAACCCUGACUCCGGAGCACGUAAACGCCGCUGAUAAAAGUUCGAGGAUAGAGGAUGAUGGAUUGCGGGGACGAGCUAAGUCGGUGAAAUCGACGAGCCAACAGCCGACCACCAGAAACGCCGUCGCGAAUAGAUUAUCGACGAUUAAUCCGGCGUUCCCUGGCAUUGACAGAAUACUCGAGGAGACCGUCAACGACGUGACGCUGAAAGAAACCUGCUGCGAGCAAGACUCGCUGAUGAACAUUACCCAACAUCAAAUGCUCCUCAAACAGUUCGAGGACGAUCUGUUUGGAAAAACUACGAACGUACAGCCGCCGAUGAAACCACAGAGACAGCAACAGACACCGCGGAUGCAGAAGAGGAAUGAGGGUGUUAGCCGUCUGGAUUUGAAGGGACAGGACGCCGAACACUCAGCCGAGGAAGACGACAUUGUCGAGAACACUCCCAACGCAAAGACGAAAAACAUGCAACCGAUCGCCUCGUCAGUGAAGAUUUCGGCAAGGACACCGGUGGUGCAAAUAAACUGGCUCGAUAGAUCUCUAUCCUCGGCAACGGGAAGAAACGCGACGCCUUUGGGCGAAAGGAGCCGACACCCUGUCUACCAGAGCACGCCGAAGGUCCAGGGACAAGCGAAUGGUGAUUGCGUGGGUGCCGCGAGCACGACCGUGAGGCAGCUGAAAUUUGGAAGUGCCAACGAGCCGAUGAAUAGACGGCCGAACGAAGUGACUGGGUUCAAUGGACAAAGGGAAAGAUUGUGUUUUAUUUGCAGCGGUUUACUACCCGCGGAGAUAGAGCAGGUGAAGAGGCUGGCCAGCCUGACGAACGCGACUUACCUGAAUCAAUUCAAUCUCAGCGUGACGCACGUGAUCGUGAAGGUCGACAAGAAGAACAACAGCGCGAGCAAGACCCUGAAGUAUCUGCAGGGUGUCGCGCACAGGAAGUGGGUCGUGAACAAUCAGUGGGUGAUCGACUCGCUCAAGGAGAAGAAAUUAAUAAACGAGGAGAUGUACGAGGUGGUGGACGGCGCAACCUUCGAGACUGGCCCUCGGAACUCCCGGCUGAGGCAGAAGGAACUGUUCGAAGGAUUCGCCUUCCUGUGCAUCGGACCGUACGAGGAUAUCUCCGUGGAGCAGUACGAGGAGUUGCUACGUGCCACCGGCGGCACCGUGGUCUGCUCGCAGGAAGCUUUAGCCGUUGAGAGGACACAGAUGAAAAUCAUUGUAAUCCAGGAGCAAAUAUACGAGUACGAAAUUAUUGUAGGAUGGCAUAAGAAGACCGGUGCUGUACCAGUUGUCCACGACUGGAUACUCGAGUGUAUCAGUCAGUACAAGCUGAUACCAAUCUCUCCGUAUCUGCAGGAGUUGUUGCCGAAGGAUGUGCUGGCGCUCGGUUAUCCCAAAUUCCUACUCGAAGAAGAUCCGGAUGACGAGGACUAUGACAGUGUGGAGCUCUUAACGCAAUCACACUAGCUGUCUGUUUUUAACGCAAUUCGCUGUCAAUUAACCGCGUUUGUUUAAUGUUAUCACUGCGGGUUUUAUUAAUUUUUUAUUUAUUUGUAAUCUCAGCAACGAGACGUUUUAAUUUGCCACAGUUUUUGCACGAACUUGAAAGUUAAAUCAUCCAUAAAAAUCCGCAGUUAAUUAUUGAAGUCCCACUCAGUCACGUCACGCAAAAAGAGAUCAAAUUAUAAUUUAGUAUGGUCAGUAUGUAUAUCUGUAUAUUCGUUUUUAAUUAAUUAUUAACAUUUAGCUUAAGUUUCGUAACAAAGCGUCUAUUUGUUUUCUUGGAAGCAAACUUGUUUCGUACAUUUGACAGUAUUGUUAUAAGUAUUCUAUUUGUACUAAUAAGUGUACAUAUUGUAUACUCUGUGAGGGGGGUUGUUUCUUACAAAGUGGUUGGGAAGUUUUAUUCUACUACCUGUUGAACUAAUUUGUCGUGGAAGGUAUUAUAAUUCGAGGUGUUAUAAGCUAAGGUAAAGUUUUCGUCCAAAUUGAAUCUCAUUCUUUUCGAGGAUUGUCCUGUUUCGAGGCUGUUAUUGUAGAAUCAAGUUAUUAGUUAAAGAAAAACAAUGUAACUUCUGUAACAAAAAAUCUACGCAUACUUGUGAAUUUAAAAAGAGUCUAGCGUAUAGCAGUUUCGGUUGCUUGGAAAAUUGAACUCUUUUGAUGCGGUGAAAGUAUAUUGUCUACUAGACAGUGUCUACUGUAAAACUUUUGAAACAAUUCAUAAGACAGUCAACUAAUUUGUAAGAAUUGACUUCUGUAUUCAGGAUGCGCAUUUUGAAGAUAAUUUGUAAUGCCAAAUUUCUCCUGUAUUUUAUAUUGUUAUUUUUCAUUGUCUCAUUGACUUGUUUACAGAACUAUGAAAGUCGUCAAGAGUUACCUACUUUAUUUCUCUAGCGUAUCAUCUGCUUCUCAUAACUUUGUAUUGAAGAAUGCAGAAUGUGUGUGUCGGUUAAAUUAUGUAAACGAAUACGAUUAAUUUAUGUGAACAAAUUCCAAGCUGAUGAUGAAAGCGAAUUGACAUCCGUUAUUUGGGAGGAAACCCGUUAAAAUGUAAGAACACAGUUGACAUUCUGUAACUUUUUCAUUGCAUUUUACAAAUUUGCAAAUGCCAUUUGAUUGUACCAAUUAAAAAUUUACGAAUACAAAAUUAUUAUUGAAUAACUUUGUUAAUGAUAUAAAAUGUGAAGCACUAAAGCACGUUUGCUACCAUGAUUUUUUUCGUUCUCUAUCUCGAUCACUGAAAUGUGAUCUUCUUUAAUCCUCCUCUGUCAUCUCAAUAGUCUAAAAAUUUCAUGAAGUCGAUUGAAUUAGUCGAUAAGUAAUUAAGUUAAAAUUGAAUGAUUAAAUUGAAAGAAAUUAGGAUACCGGUACAUAGAAAUGUCUGGUUCUUUACGUGUUUAUCAUCAACAUGGAGUUUGUCAGUCGGUGCAAAGCCGGCAGGAGUAGGGGAGAGGGGUCGUCGAUCAGAUUUCGUUCUUUUUUUUUUCAUUUUAAUUGCGACGAACACGUGGGAUGCGGAUGGAUAGGGGUAUGUAGGACGAGAAAAGGUGCUCACGCCGUGCAAUAUCACCGUCAUGGGUGGGAUCAGAGGCUGCGUGUUACGAGGGACAUCGAGGCCGCUCACAUAUUCACCAAGGCACACGAACAAUAUUGAUCUGCCCGGGACCACCUGUAGCCAACUCUCUCUCGUUUCUCGCUCACGCGGCACACAUCAGCGGUUAUGAAUCUCGUCCAAUUGCUAGCAAGUGAGGAGAAAUAAUCACUGUCUAGCCCACCCAUCUAUUUAAAGUGCCUUAUAUCAUGCGAGCGCUAAGUACAAGUUUCGUCGUGCCAAUUAGAUCGGUGACAACCUGUCCGAUCGUCCUACCCAUUUCCAGUAGGAUGCAAGUCUACAUUUAGCUCGUAACUAGACACGCACACGUCACACGGUUCGCAACAUUGGUCGAGCGAGAAUUAUUUUUGUGAACGUUCUGGAAACUUGGAAAUUUUUAUUUUUAUACAUGCAUCGAAAUAUAUACACAUUCUGCAUA